CCAGUCAGUUAGCUGCUAUCUGUUUGACAGUGGGUAGCUGCAUAGACUGUCAAAAGAAGGGAAGCUAGACGUCAACAAGAACCUCAGUAAAUAUUUUUUUCUCGUAGAUAAUGGCAAAUGGGUUUAUGGCAGAAUAAAUUUCGGAGCGACUUGGAACAAAUAUCUGGAUUUCUAGUAUUUUUCACAUAGGAAGGUUGGGAGUCUAUGAGUAGGGAUGCCUGUCGAAAGUGGAAGCAGUGCAGCUUCUCGCCAGGCCAAGCAGAAGCGCAAGUCCCACAGCCUGUCCAUCCGCCGGACCAACAGCACAGAGCAGGAGCGCACAGGUUUACAGAGGGAGAUGUUGGAGGGACAGGAUUCCAAAUUGCCAUUGUCUUUGAGAAGCAAUCUUCUGGACCUGUUUGGCCAGAUUGAGAGGGAGUUUGAAAACCUCUACAUUGAAAACAUUGAGUUGCGUAGAGAGAUUGAAACACUGAACGAUCGUUUGACAGCUGAAGGACAAACCAUUGAUGGGGGAGAUUUGACAAAGGGGGCACUUAAAACAAAAGCAAGUCAUAGCACAAGUCAACUUUCACAAAAACUGAAGACUACUUAUAAGGCAUCUACAAGCAAGAUCGUUUCCAGUUUUAAAGCCACCACGUCCAGAGCCGUGUGCCAGCUGGUCAAGGAAUAUGUAGGUCACAGAGAUGGCAUAUGGGACCUGAGUGUCACCAGGACACAGCCCGUGGUGCUGGGUACAGCUUCGGCAGAUCACAGUGCCAUGCUAUGGAGCAUCGAGACUGGGAAGUGCCUCCUGAAGUAUGUGGGUCAUGCAGGAUCAGUUAACUCUAUCAAGUUCCAUCCCACGGAACAGAUGGCUCUUACAGCAUCUGGUGACCAGACAGCCCAUAUCUGGAGGUACAUGGUGCAGCUGCCCACCCCACAGCCUGUAGCCGACAUCAGUCAGACGCCCUGUGACGACGACAUAGACUUCUCAGAUAAGGACGAGGCUGAAGGAGACGGUGAGGGCCCUAACGAGUGUCCCUCCAUCCGCAUGGCUUCCACUACCCUCAGGAGCCACCAGGGGGUUGUCAUCGCUGCAGACUGGCUGGUGGGGGGCAAGCAGGUGGUUACCGCCUCCUGGGACCGGGCUGCCAACCUGUAUGAUGUGGAGACUUCUGAGCUUGUCCACUCACUCACUGGCCACGACCAGGAGCUGACCCAUUGCUGCACCCACCCCACCCAGCGUCUGGUGGUCACCUCGUCCAGAGACACCACCUUCCGUCUGUGGGACUUCAGAGACCCCUCCAUCCACUCUGUCAACGUGUUCCAGGGACACACCGACACGGUGACAUCAGCAGUGUUCACUGUGGGGGACAAUGUGGUGUCUGGGAGUGACGAUCGCACCGUCAAGGUCUGGGACCUCAAGAACAUGAGGUCACCCAUAGCAACAAUCCGCACAGACUCUGCAGUCAAUAGGAUAAGCGUGUCGGUGAGUCAAAGAAUCAUUGCUCUUCCUCACGACAAUCGACAAGUUCGGCUGUUUGACAUGUCAGGAGUGCGGCUGGCUCGACUCCCACACAGCAACAGACAGGGCCACCGGCGCAUGGUGUGCUGCUCAGCCUGGUGUGAGGACAACUCCUCCUGUAACCUCUUCAGCUGUGGCUUCGACAGGCAGGCCAUCGGAUGGAACAUCAACAUCCCAGCUCUGCUGCAGGAGAAGUGAGCCCAGCCCAGACAGCCCUGAGCCAUCCGCCUGGCCCAUCUGCUCACUGAACCCCAUGUUAAGAGCUGAUCCCUGGUCAGUUCAGUCAGAUGCCACCACCCUCAGGCAGGGAGGGGAGAAGAUCGAUCGAGGACCACUCUCUCUCUGUGUCAAGUAUUCAUGUUCUUCUCACACUCCAAAUGUGGUCACAGUCUGGUCUGCAUAGUUUGAAUAUACAUACCGUACUACAUACAUGUGUGAUGGUGUGUGGUGGUUUUCAAACUUGCCCAUGUAUGUACAGAAAAUGUAAAGGACUACUCUCUGCUUUGUUGUUGGGCUUAUUUUAAUCAGUUUAUUCAUGACUUUCCUUCUGAAGAUAAAUAGCACUGACAUAAAGAAGGUACGGGGGGAUUUUGUCGUCACCCUAAUUUUCAGUUCAGAAUAGGUCAGGCACCUUUUUGAUGGUGUAGCCUCGUUGAUAAUGAGCAGCAUUUCAUGGAGACUUGUGUUAGUACUGAAAUGCCACACAUCUGCUUUCGAACCCACCUUAACCGCUCAGAAGUACAGCUAGCCAAGCUACUGCAUAUCUCUGUGCCAUUUCGGCAGAGGCAUACUUUGUCAAGGUCUACUGCAUAUCUCUGUGCCAUUUCGGCAGAGGCAUACUUUGUCAAGGUCUACUGCAUAUCUCUGUGCCAUUUCGGCAGAGGCAUACUUUGUCAAGGUCUACUGCAUAUCUCUGUGCCAUUUCGGCAGAGGCAUACUUUGUCAAGGUCUACUGCAUAUCUCUGUGCCAUUUCGGCAGAGGCAUACUUUGUCAAGGUCUACUGCAUAUCUCUGUGCCAUUUCGGCAGAGGCAUACUUUGUCAAGGUCUACUGCAUAUCUCUGUGCCAUUUCGGCAGAGCCAUACUUUGACCAUCUAUUGGUGAUCAACUGAGCACUGAAUAAGGAAUAUGCAGAGCUGCUACAGUACAGUGUUCAAGUGGCUCUGUCAUGCACCUUUUAGAACCAAUAGCUGUUACAAUUUUAUUUGUUGUUAAACUGUUUUAGCCUAAAUACCAUUGCAGCUUUUGUACAGACUUGACAGAAUCCUACUCUUGAGUCCCAGACAGUAUGUUGUACCAGUGGAUUAAAUUGUGUAAACACCCCAUGUUUAGAGGUUGAGGUUGAUUGUCUUCACCAUUUUAAUAGGCACUUCAUUCAUGUGUAAUAAUCAUAAAUGAGUCUUAGAAAGUAAGACGUCAUGAAAUUGCUGUAGAGUUUACAAUCAAUAAUAACAUGUGAAGUGUUUCUUAGAAUUAGUCAGUAUUGAACCUGUUACAGGGAUAUAUAGGUCAGUAACUUGUUACCACGUGGUACUUCCUUGCGUAAGUAAGUGGGAUCUCUAAGAGCGUUCUAAUGCAAUAGUUGUAACAUGCUUGGUGUGCUCAGUGAUCAUGGUGUUAAUUUCUUCAUAGGAAACUAAAAGAAGAAGAGAUUAUUAUGUGUUUGAGGUAAGUGUGAUGUCAUAAAGUAGCUGUGUCUGUUUUUUAGAGAAAGAGAAUCAAUGUUUCACUUGAAAACAUUUUGAGUGUAAUUGUCUGUGAGAGUCACUUGGCAGGCAGCACAGUUGACUUGGUUACAUUCCUGCUCUUACGCAGACGAAUGAUACAAAAUGAUGCAUCUGUAUCUAAUGAGGCAAGCCAGCUUUAUUGCAAUCGUAAAUGCUUCUUUAGAUGCUUAGAUAUGCUUUGUGUUUUGCUAACUUGUAACAACAACAUUAACUAUUGAUAUUUAUACAAGAAGUCACGUUGAACAUCUUUUAUCCCAUUAUGGAAUCGUUAUUGUGACGAAAUAAAGUGGUUCCAGGUGUAGGCCCACGGUUCUAAGUGAGCGUAACUUUCCUUCCACAAUAAAUGUCACAUCUGGGGAAAAUUAAAUGUAAUCAUCUCUAUUCAAAGGGGCCUAUUUGGCUUAAUGGUGUAUUCUUGCUGCAUAUUUUAUUAUCCUUUUAACUUUGAGGUGAUCUUUUCAUUUACACUAGUUCUUCAUCCUGUGCAGUUAAAAUCAGUUGGAUCUCUUUGGUUUCAUUGGCUGAAGUAUUGUUUUAAUCUAUAGUGGUUUGCAUGUAGUCUUUCUCAUGUACCGUUUACAUCAGGGAUGUCUUAGGGGUUACUCCUAGCCUGGUCCCACAUCCAUUUGUGCUCUUACCAACUCCAUUGGUCAUUGUCAAGCCAAACAUGACACUACUGUAAGUGACAAGGAGUUGGCAUGAUGGCACAAACAGAUUGGCACUGAAAAUAGGCUACUGCAGAUGUGGUUGUGCAGUUCUAUGCAUGACUAAUACCACAUGAUGUAGUACUAGAGGCAUUGGUUAAGUGACUAUAGUAAUCUGUUACAUGGGUUGGUAUAAUAAGAGAUGUCUCUUGGACCGUAGCUGUCCAGGAUUGUAAUCCGUGAUUUAAGUGAAACAAAUUUGUUUGAAAUAUCAAAGAAGUAUGGCCUGUGAAUGUGAAGUCUAGCCUGGUGCCAGAUCUGUUUGUGCGCUGGCCAACUUCAUUGGUCGUUUGGCAUGACAAUGAAUGAAAAGGAUCUGGCAUGGUAGCACAAACAGACUGCCACUCAGACUACCUGAACUCCAGAGCCACCAGGCAUAGCUAGUUGACCAUGUUUAUCAACACUUUCUUCAUGGAUUUAUUUACAUUUUAGUCUCAUGGUUUUAUCAGCUGGUCAUGUAAAUGUGGUCCUGGUGUUCAUUUCAAUGGAGUACAGUGCUUGCUUGUUUCCCAAAUGGCACCCUAUUCCGUAUGUAAUGCGUUACAAAGGGAAUAAGGUGCAAUUUGAGACGCAUACUCUCAUUACAUCAUACAAACUUAGCAGUAGAAAUCAACAGUGUAAAAGCUUUUGUAAAACUGUGGUUUACUUACCUAAUGAUAUUUUAUGUGGUAAAAUAGCUUCGUUUUAACAAGAGCUCCACUAGUACACAUCUCAUAACAUGAAACAGUUUAGCUGUGUGUGUGUGUGUGUGUGUGUGUGUGUGUGUGUGUGU